GUGGCAUUUCUAUUUUCAUAAGUAUUGUUUUAAUAAACAUUGCAAGUCUGAUUAAAUAAAUGUUUUUUUGAGAUCUCUUUAUUUUACUCGGAACAGUAUCUCGAUUUAAAUUAACGAAGCAUUAUAGUAACAUAUUAUAUUAAAUAAAUGUUUUAAUUAUAUAUUUUUUACUUUAUUCGUAUUAUUUAUUACGCAGGAAGCAGUGAGUCAAGCUUCGGCUUGCGUCGCGUUUCAAUUCGCGCCGCCGGACGUUGAGAAGCCGCCGCCUUACUAUGACAAACUCAACUCCUGGCUUGGACAAGUGUUGCAGAGGGAGGCUGACAUGAUAAGCAUAGAAGUAUGUGAGACUGAAUCCCACGGGGUGGUGCUCAGGUACUGUCCUUUAGAAGGUUCCCUCCUGGACGAGGAUAAGGUGGAAGCAUGGGCCACUGAACUGGAAGCUCAGUUGCACGUGUUACAUGCGACGGUAUCGUUACGGGAACCGUUCCAGCAGAGAGUGGAGCAUCAUCCUUGCUUGAGAAGAGUACAGGUGCCGGGGUGGGCGGGUCAGUAUCACUCAUUCAUUCAUUCAUUCAUUCACUCACUCACUCAUUGCAUCAUCAUCACCAUCAUCAGCCCUUUUACGUCCCCACUGCAGGGGCACAGGCCUUCCUUAUGGAUGGUUAAGGAGGAUGGGCCAUGACCCUCCACGCUGGCCCAAUGCGGAUUGUUGGGUAUUAACGACUGCAAAUGCAGCCGGGACCAACGGCUUAACGUGAUUUUGAAAGAAUUAUUUACAGUCUUAAUUGUCUUUUAAUGUACUUUUUAUAAAAUGUACAGUUUUAAUUUUGAGUGAUUACUUGAUUAAUAUAACGACCUUUUAACUAAUAUAACUCGAUUAUUUAUGUGUGAUAUUUAAAUAGUAUUUUAUGAUUAAUGCUUUAUGUUCUGGCGUAGUUUAUAUUCUUUGACAGUAUAUUUCUUAUAAUUUUUUUUAUUAAAUAACAAUUGGUAAUACAUUUUAAUUUCAUUUUUAUGCUACUGUAUUAUAGCUGAAUAGGUGUUAAUAGGUUUUCGCAACUAUUUGUCAUCUAUCAUCUUGUAUAUCCUUUUCGAACACAAAUAAAUGGUUCUUUCUUUCUAACCUUAUUUUUUAUUAUUUUAAAUACAGGGUUAAUUGAACCUUAAGCCUUAAACCAGGGCUCUCUGAUCUCGCACCUGAAACGGACAGGUUUAAGGGUUGGAGGGGGGGGGGGGGGCAACUUCUAACCUAACCGAUGGUUCUGUUCUUUUUUCGUUAUGCUGAUGAUGAUGUGUGGAACAGGUCUUGGCGGUGUCAGAUACGUCCCAGCCGGCUGGGAAGAUGCGUCUGUUGAUGAACUGAACUCUCUGAACAGACAACUUGUGGACACAUUGAGAGUGACAGAUGGCGCUUUCUCUUGCGGUGAGGGGGAAGAUGGAUUAGCAUGUGUUAGAUUCGGCAUGGUAACAGCGGAUACGGACGUGGAUGAAUUAUUAGACUUGGUAGUGUCAGCGGGCAAAGAGGUGGAAGAGAGCUCUAGGGCGUUAACGAAUAUGAGUGAAGUUGUAAAGAAAGGUGAGUACAGUCUUGUUUCAUUCAAGUAUACACAGAAGAGAGCAAGAAAAAGGGCACCAGUACCGGUACCAUUACUUUAAUAUGUUACGUUAAUGAUUUAU